UUGCAGCUCUGACAGCUGACGCUGUGGCUCGGCUGAACAACAUUACGAAGUUUGCUGACACUUCUUUGCACUUGUGGAGGAGCGCUCCAGAUCACAUUGAUCUUUACUUCAAAUUCCUGAACAGAUAAUACUAUGAAUCUAAUGAGUGGUGUCAUGGUGUGCCUCGGUGUGUUGGGUGCUGUAAGGCUGCUCUCCCUCCCCUGGCUCUGCAGCCUGUUGGCGGGGCUGGGUUUCUGCAUGGUCUGCAGGGGUUCCUGGAAGUUUAUACAUGUUGCUCUGCACACCAUCAAAAGAGAUCUGAUGUGUCUGCUUGUUAUCUUCCGAGUGAGGUUUUCCAUGUACCGUAAUCUGCGAAAUAGACACACCAUUCCUACAUUGUUUGCCCAGCUGGUGACAAAGCACCCAGACAAACCUGCAUUGAUAUACGAGGCCACAGGCGAGGUUUGGAGUUUCAGGGAGCUGCAGGAGCGAUGUCAUACUGUGGCACACUGGGCUCUGGCACAGGGAUGGGCUGAGGGAGAUGUGGUGGCUUUGUACAUGGAGAGCCAGCCUUUAGUGGUGGUUCUGUGGUUGGGUCUGGCUAUGGUCGGCAUAGAGGCUGCACUCAUCAACUACAACCUCCGACAGAAAUCAUUACUGCACUGUGUCAGUGUGUCUGGUGCUCGGGCAAUGGUGUUUGGGACAGAGAUGAGAGAAGCGGUUUCAGAGGUGAGCGACUCUCUGCAGCCGGGCAUGGUUUUGUUCAGCAGUGGUGACAGAGACAAUGAGGUGAAACUCUGCGGCCUCCAAGUUCAGAGCUUGGACACUCUGCUAGAGCAUGCCCCCAAACACCCACCACAUUACAGGUCCAGAAAGGAAUUCAAUGACAGACUUUUCUACAUCUACACUUCUGGUACCACAGGAAUGCCAAAGGCAGCUGUUGUGGUGCAUAGUCGGUAUUUUCGAAUCGCCUCUUUUGGUUUCCACUCCUUUGGCUUUCGUCAUGAUGACAUCCUCUACAACUGUCUUCCCCUGUAUCAUUCUGCAGGUACCAUCAUGGGUGUAGGCCAGUGUUUGCUCUUUGGUUUGACUGUUGUGGUCAGGAGGAAGUUCUCAGGCAGUCGCUUCUGGGAUGACUGUGUCAAACACAACUGCACGGCAUUGAUAUACAUAGGUGAGAUUUGCCGUUACCUGUUAGCGCAACCGUUCCAUCCAUCUGAGGCACAUCACCGGGUGCGUGUUGCCAUUGGUAACGGCCUCCGUCCUGCUGUGUGGGAAGAAUUUGUCCGAAGAUUCAGAAUACAACGAAUUGGGGAAUUUUAUGGCGCCACAGAGUGCAACUGCAGCCUCAUCAACAUUGACGGAAAGGUGGGGGCGUGUGGCUUCAACAGUCGCAUCUUGCCCAGCUUUUACCCCAUCAGACUGGUCAGGGUGCAGGAAGGGACCGGAGAGCUACUGAGGGAUUCAAAGGGACUCUGUAUACCUUGUCUGCCUGGUGAGCCAGGUAUGUUAGUGGGACGCAUCAACCACACCGAUCCGCUUAGGAGAUUUGAUGGCUACGUUGAUAAAGAUUCCAACAAUAAGAAAAUAGCUCGCAAUGUCUUCAAGAUGGGAGACUCUGUGUAUGUUUCAGGUGACAUGCUGGUGAUGGAUGAAUAUGGCUACAUAUAUUUCAGGGACCGUAGCGGCGACACGUUUCGUUGGCGAGGGGAGAAUGUCUCCACCACAGAGGUGGAGGGAACCCUCAGCGGGCUGCUGGGACACACUGACGUUGCCGUCUAUGGUGUUUCUGUACCAGGUGUGGAGGGAAAGGCCGGUAUGGCAGCAAUAGGUCACACAGGAGGCCAGUUUGACUUUGACGCGUUCCUGAUUGCUUUACAGAAAGCGCUGCCUUCCUACGCACGCCCUGUCUUCCUUCGACUCAUGCCAUCUGUUGACACUACAGGUACCUUCAAAAUCCAGAAGACACGACUGCAGAGGGAAGGAUACAAGCCACAGGACUCGAGUGAAGAGAUUUAUUUUCUGAACAGUCGUGCUGGGCGUUACGAGGCUGUUACUGACGAACUUUAUAGUGCCAUCACGGAGGGGAGAGCGUGUCUAUGAGACAGGAGGAGGCUCCGAGGAUAGUGUGUAUAUUUUAAAGGGAUAAGAGAGAGAAAACACAAAUGUAUUUCCGAAGAUCAAUGCAACAAAUUCAUUUAUUUUUUUCAUGAAAUAAAGUACAUAUUUUUUU